AAGAAUUGGGUUCUGAGUUCUGGUUUCCGCGGACGAUGAAGACAAUCAUGGCGAAUUCCCCUCACGACUCCUCCUUCUCCUUCUCCCGAAGAUACUUAUUCCAUUACUGGAAGAAUUACCACAAGGAUCAUCAAGAUCAAGAAGAAGAUGGAGAUGGCCGCCAAAUGCUAAGCUUCAAUCCACCGGGACCGAGAUUGGGAUCGGUAUCUGCGGUGUCGAAACUCCGGUGGGGUCUGGGGAAGAAGCGGUCGGGUCGGGUGGUGGUGGGGACGAUAUUCGGGCAGAGGCGUGGGCACGUGCAUUUCUCGUUGCAGGAGGAGGCGAGUGCGAAGCCGACGUUUCUGAUCGAGGUGGCCAUGCCGACGAGCGCGCUGGUCCGGGAAAUGGCGUCGGGGGUGGCCCGGAUGGCGUUGGAGUGUGAGAAGACGAAGACGAAGACGACAACGAAGAAGAUGAAGAAGGUGAAGCUGGGGGAGGAGGCUAUUUGGAGGGCGUAUUGCAAUGGGAAGAAGUAUGGGUGGGCGAACAGGUUGGAGUGUGGGGCUGAGGAGUGGAGGGUUCUGAGGGCUGUUGGGCCCAUCACGGUGGGUGCCGGGGUGCUGCCACUGCUGGAAGAAGAGGGCGCCGAGGCUGGGUCGGGGCCGGGUGAAGUGAUGUUCAUGAGGGCUAAGUUUGAGAGAGUGGUGGGUUCGAGUGAUUCGGAGGCGUUUUACAUGAUCAACCCUGAUGGGGUUGGAGGUCCUGACCUCACUAUUUUUCUCCUUAGGGUUUGAUUUUCCUCUACAACUUCCCUUCUGGAUCACAAAAUGUUUCCUUUGCUAAACCUCGCUGUUGGGAAGGGUUUUUCUUUUUAUAUAUAUUCUAGUGUUCAAUUACAAGUGCAAGCUAGAGGAGGGUGAGGUGGGUUGGAUUAAUAAAAAAUGUAUGAAUA